AGGGGCGCUGUAGCCAAGCCACUAACCCAGCUGCAGAGCUCUGUACUCCAGAUACUCUGGGAGCUUCGGCCGCGCGGAUAGCGCGUUUCCGCCGCUCUGCAGUCCAAACUUCAGCAGCAGCUUCGUUUCAACCCUUUGACUGCUUGCUUCAAACCAGACUGCACCGGGACCCAAGCACCGAGUCCGCAGAGUGAAAGCCCAACACCGAGUUGGACCAGACCAGGAAAGCAGCCUCGCGAAGCAGCAACUCCAGGUUGGGAGCGCAGAAGCCAACAAGUGAGAAGACGCCGCGUUCUGGAGGCGCAGCGCGAAACCUAAGGCAGGAGCCGGAGUAGGCAGCUAGAGCCGAGAAUCCGACCCCGAGCCGAGCGUGGCUCAGCUCCUAUCGCUCUAGGCCGUGCGCUGGGCUUCCUUUCAUCCGGGUUGCGAGCCAGGUCCCCGGGGAAUAUGCAGCGAGCCUGGAUCCUGCUCACCUUGGGCUUGAUGGCCUGUGUGUCCGCAGAGACGAGAGCAGCGCUGACAUCUGAUAAGGACAUGUACCUUGACAACGGCUCCAUUGAAGAAGCUUCGGGAGUUUAUCCUAUUGAUGAUGAUGACUAUUCUUCUGCUUCUGGCUCAGGAGCUGAUGAAGACAGAGAGAGUCCAGAUCUGACAACAUCCUGACUGAUUCCAAAGAUCUCAUUCACCAGUGCUGUUCCCAAAGUGGAAACCAUGACGCUGAAGACACAAAGCAUUACUCCUGCUCAGACCAAGUCACCUGAAGAAAUUGACAAGGCAGAAGUUGACAUUUCUGAGGCAGAAGAGAAGCUGGGCCCUGCGGUAAAAAGCACAGAUGUGUACACAGAGAAACAUUCAGACAAUCUGUUUAAAAGGACAGAAGUCCUAGCAGCUGUCAUCGCUGGUGGAGUGAUCGGCUUCCUCUUUGCCAUUUUCCUCAUUCUGCUGUUGGUGUACCGCAUGAGGAAGAAAGAUGAAGGAAGCUAUGACCUUGGGGAAAGGAAACCAUCCAGCGCAGCUUAUCAGAAGGCACCUACUAAGGAGUUUUAUGCAUAAAAGCUCCCACUUAGUGUCUCUAUUUAGGAGAUCACUGAACUUUUAAAAAUAAAGCUUUGGCAUAGAAUAAUGAAGAUCUUUGUUAUUAGUUUUGUUCAUUACAGAGCCAUACUGGCCCUUCAAUGAUAAAUAUCCCAUUGUAUUUAAAACUUCAUGUAUUUCUUUAGAAUGACUUAAAAGUAAAAGUUUAACAUCUGCAGUGUUCUGUGAAUAGCAGUGGCAAAAUAUUAUGUUACAAAAACCCUUGACAUUCAUGGAAUUGAUUUGAGCAUCUAUGUGCAAAUACAAAAUGAUUGUGUUUGUCCUCUGGUUCAAAGAUGACUGCUGUUCCCCCUCGUCAGCAUGUCUCAGUUGAUCUACCAAUAUGAUCUUUGUUAAUUUAUCUCACAUCCCUCUUCUCACUGUCCCUUCUUGUCCCCUUCCUUAAAAACAAAACCUUAUGCCUUUUAUAGCUGUAACGGUGCAAUUUGUAUUUGAAUGAUUACAAUAAUGGUAAUUUAGUGUAUAUGUGAUUUUUUUUUUCAAAUAUGUAAACCUUAACUUCUACUUUCUGUAAUUUUUUUUUUAAAUGUCAGACUAUCCAUUUUACACUUGCUUUAUUUUUCAUUACCUGUAGCUUCAGGCAGAUUUGCAACAGCAAAUUAAUGUGUAAAAUUGGAUUAUUACUACGAAACUGUUUAGUCCUAGCUAUCUAAUCAGAUCUUCUUUUGUGAGGAUUUGAUGUAACUGACAAGCCUCAGCAAACCCAAAGAUGAUAACAGUAUUUUGAGAAGUUGCUGCAGAUACCUUUGGCCACUGUACUUGUUAAUUUCUUACAAUUUGGAGGUACAAGAAAAAAGAUCAUUUUUUUUUCUUAAAAUGCAUUUAAGUUGUAAACAUCUUUUUAAACCUUUGAAGUGCCUAUGAUUCUAUGUAACUUGUUGCAGACUGGUGUUAAUGAGCAUAUAUAUAACAGUUUUAAAAAAAGAGUAGGUAUUUUAUAAGCACAGACAGUUCUAAUGGUAACUUUUGUAGUCUUAUGAAUAGACAUAAAUUAUAAUUUGGGAACAAAC